AUGUAUAAAGUUUUAGCAUGUGGAUCCAAUGGUAAUUAUCAAUUGGGUAUAAGAAAUGAUAUUGAUCAAAAUAUUCUUCAAGAAUCACAAUUCCAAAUAGGACAAGAUUCAAUUGUAACAUCUCUUCCCCAAAAACCUAUCAAGAUAGCAUGUGGAGGAAAUCAUACCUUAAUUCUCUUUGAAAAUGGAGAUAUUUAUUCCACAGGGGAGAAUCAAUACGGACAAUGUGGACUUCCCAAAUGUGGUAAUAUAAAACUACUUACUAAAAUCCCUGGAAAUUGGAUUGAUUGUUGUUGUGGAUGGGAGUUCUCCAUUUUGAUAGAUGAUAAGAGGGAAGUAUAUGUAUGUGGAAAUGGGUUAAAAGGUGAAUUGGGACUAGGCAAAGAAAUACGACAGAGUGAGUUGUGUUUUUCAUUUGCGAUACCCACUGAUUCGAACUUCGAAAUUAAAGCGUCUAUUCAUCAUGUCAUCCUACGCAUAGACAAUAUAUUGAUGGGAUGGGGAAAUUGUAGAAAAGGUCAAUUGGGAAUAAUUGACGAAAAGAAGCCGUCAAUUCUUUGGCAGCCAAGAGAAUUGAAUUUCCCGAAUAUAAUAAUAAGAAAAGGAACUACGAAGUUUACUCUUGGUAGAGAGUUUACAUGUAUUUCCAAUGAAGAUCGAAUCUCAAUAUUUGGAAAGCACUCCAUUGAACUUGAUUCGGAUGUUAGUGACGUUUUAGAAAUAGGCUCAAUGUGGUCCUCUUUACAUAUCCUUUUGAAGAACAAUACAAUUAGGUCAUUUGGAAACAAUAGCCAUGGACAGUUAUAUCCAACUGUUAGUGAUUUCAAGGUUGAUGAAAUGGUUAUUGGUAGUGAACAUGGUUUGGUAAAUUCAAGCAAUACAGUCUAUAGUUGGGGUUGGGGUGAACAUGGUAAUUGUGGUAUACAACAACAAGGACAAAGCAAUGCUGACGAGGUAACGUUCAAUUACUUAAAUCCAGUAUACACAGAUUCAAGUGAAGUAGUCUUGGUAGCAGCUGGAUGCGCUACUAGUUGGGUAGUCAUCAAAGUAGAGUAA